AAGAUGGUGCUGAGCGUGAGCUGUACAGCGACUGUUGGCUUCGGCGGCACCUGGGCUCUUUCAGGCUGAGCUGCCCGGCUCCCAGUAUCGGCGCAUCAGUCAAUUAACAGCGCACUGAUCCUGUCUCCCUGCAUCUCCUUAAAAAAAAUCCCUCGGCGUCUCCUUAUUAUAAUCAAUUUACCCAGUCGUCUCUCUACCUGCCAGCGAGACGUGUCCCUGGAAUCCUCCCGGCUGUGGACCGGCCGUGUUUAUUUCAUGAGUCCCCCAGCGAAUGAAUGACCCCCCCCCCCCCGGCACGCUGAUGCAACGCCAAGCAGCAUCUUAAACGGGACUUUAUCCCGAUUCAACGCAGAUAUAUAACCUUCCUGCUCCUGCCUGCCGUGGGGAUGGAUGACAUUUUGAAGAAGAUAUCGAAGGAAGCGUCUGGAAGCAAAUACAAGCCUUUAAGAGAUGCCUGCACCUUAGCGUGCGAAACAUUAGAAUCGGAAAAUGGUGCCAUCAGACUGCCAACAUAUCAAUUGAGGGAGUGCUGCCUCAUCCCCCUGAAGCUUGCUCUGGAAUCGAAGAACGUCAAACUAGCUCAGCAUGCCUUGGCCGGAAUGCAGAAGCUGCUGGUGGACGAGAGGCUGGUGUCGACGACAGAGGAGCUGGAGGACAGGCAGCUGCUGAAUCAGAUGCUGGACUCCAUGAAGGUCACGCCCUUCCUCAAUGAGGACCUGCAGGUGGAAGUGAUGAAGGUGCUGCUUUGCUUCACAUAUUCUUCAACGUUUGAAAUAAACGGCAGUGCCAUCCUAAAGAUUGCUGAGGUUUGCAUCGAGACGUACGUCACCAGCUGUCACCAGCGCAGUAUCAACACUGCCGUGCGGGCUACCCUCAGCCAGAUGUUCGGCGACCUGGCUCAGCAGCUGCGCAUGAACCAGGAGAAUGAGAACGAGGGUGGACGUGAGGAUUCUCACAACAAAGGCCAGUCGGUCUCCGCUGAAGCACUCUGUGAAGACGUGGUCUCUGUGCUCUCUGUCCUUUAUGAGAAGCUGCAAAGGGUUGUGAACAACAGCCAACACAUGCAGCUCUUGUACCUGGAGUGCAUCCUCUCCAUGUUAAGCAGUUCUUCUCCUCUCAUGCAUCAUCACAAAGGCUUCACCGACCUGCUGUGGAGGCAGCUCUGUCCGGCGCUGAUAGUCAUCCUGGGCAACCCCAUCCGUGACAAGACCAUCUCGUCUGCCCACGGGGCCUCUUCGGCGGAGAGCGAUGCCACACUUGCCGGGGUCUCUGACCACGGCCGAGGGUCCGGCUGCUCGUCCAUGGCCCCAGCUCUCAGCGAGCCAGUGGCGCGCACCAUAUAUUACAUCGCAGUGGAGCUGGUCCGACUGGUGGGCUGCCUGGAGUCACUGAGGCCCGUGUUGCAGUCACUGUACCAUCGGCUGCUGCUCUACCCACCCCCACAGCACAGGGUGGAGGCCAUCAAGAUCAUGAAGGAGAUUCUCAGCAGCCCCCAACGCCUAUACGAUCUCGCUGGUCCCACCGUGUACGAAGGGGAGACCAGGAGGCGCUCCAGUCAGCGAAGGAAGUCACACUUGGAUCUUCACAAGAUUAUCAUGGAUGGUAUGACGGAGGCCUGUGUGAAGGGGGGUAUUGAGGCCUGCCACUCAGCCGUGUCCUGCGUCUGUGCUCUGCUGGCCGGCCUGGAGCAGCUGAGCCGGGGCGGGGGCCUGUCCGAGGACCAGGUGCGGCACUUGCUGAAGCACGCGGAGGAGCUGAGGGGCGGCGCCGAGUCGGCCCGCGAGUCGAUGGAGAUCAGCGAGGCCGACUUCCGCUGGCAGCGGCGGGUGCUGUCCACCGAGCAGGCCCAGUGGGAGACCGGAGCGGGCAAAAGCCCGGACGUCAGCAUCAGCAUCACCGCGGAGACGGGCCGCACCACACCGGAGGAGACGGGCUGCCCCGAGUACCCGGGUGGGACGGACGCUGCCGAGGCCCCGUGCAGGAUGGAGCCGCUGGGGGCCGAGGAAGGAGACAACCCCGACCCGGUCCACCCCAACAAUGGCACCCACCCCUAUGUGGACUUUGCCAACUUCCUGUCGGUCGAUCCCAGGACCGGCCGCCUGCCGGGCUCCCGCUACAGCGAGAGCAACUUCAGCGUGGACGAGCAGGAUGCCUCCAGAACCGAGUUCGACUCAUGCGACCAGUACUCAAUGGCGGCCGAGAAGGACUCGGGCAGGUCGGACGUCUCGGAGAUCGGCUCCGACAACUGCUCGCUGGCAGACGAGGAGCAGGGUCGCAGGGACUUCCCCGGCCACCGCUCAAUGCACGGAGCCACCCUAACCCUCAAGGUGCUCAGGAACCAGGAGGCCGAUCAGCACAGUGCCCGAAUCUUCGUGCAGUCGAUCGUCACCAUUCUCCCUCGCCUCCUCUCCCUCCCUCGCAUGGAUGAAGUUGACUCUUCACUGCAGAGCUUCGCCUCCGUCUUCUGUUCAGGGCUGCAGUCAGAACUGCUGUGCUCCCCGGGUCUGGACACCGGAGAGGUCAGCAGCUGCCAGACGCUGAUGAAUGCAGACGGCCUGUACCUGGUGGCCUUCCACGCCCUGUCACUGAGCCUGAAGCUGAACGCCUGCGACUACCACCGGAGGAAGCCGGCACCCGUCCCCGUCUCGCUGAAAGAGUUUGUGAGGCAGGUGCAAAGCAGUCGGGUGCUGAUGGUGUUGUCACAGGCGUGGAUUGAAGAACUGUACCAUCAGGUGUUGGACAGGAACCUGCUGGGAGAGGCUGGGUAUUGUGGAAUAGCACAGGAGCAUUCCCUGCCUUUCAUUGUCAUGUUAACAGAUAUGGAUGGAUUGGGAAGUAGCGCCGUGGGUGGACAGAUGGUUAGCAGUGCUUCAGGACAAUCUCCUCUGGCCCAGGAAAAGAACACUCCUGAUUCAGUAACUGCAGGUGCGUGUUUUGCCCGCUUCAUCCUGAUCGGGUGCUGGAAGAACCUGAUUGACACUCUCUCCACGCCGCUGACGGGCCGGGUAGCCGGGAGCUCCAAGGGGCUGGCCUUCUUCUUGAGCACGGAAGGAAUCAAAGAGCAGAACCAGAAGGAGCGAGACGCCAUUUGCAUGAGUCUAGAUGGUCUGCGGAAAGCAGCUCGUCUAAGCUGUGCCCUGGGCGUUGCUGCCAAUUGUGCUUCCGCCCUCGCGCAGAUGUCAGCGGCAUCGUGCGUUCAGGAUGAGAAGGAGGAGAAGGAAACUCCGGAGAUCACUGACCCUAUAGCUCAAGUGAAGCAAAGAGUGGAGCAGAAGCUUGAGCAGAUCGGGCGUCCCCAGGGUGUUCAGCUACACACAGCGCAUGUGCUGUGCAUGGAUGCGAUCCUCAGCGUGGGGCUGGAGAUGGGUAGCCACAACGCAGACUGCUGGCAGCACGUCUUCAGGGUGUGUGAAUACGUCAGUACAUUGGAGCACAGUCACUUCAGCGAUGGAGGGUCCCAACCGCCCAUUACCAUCACACAAAGUCAACAGGCCUCUGGCUCAGACACGGCUCACCACUUGAACAGGGACCGGAGCUCUGAGCUGGACACUAACAUCGGCAACCCUGUCAUUCAAUCGUUCACCAUCCAGGAGCUGAUCAAGGAGAACUACAAGGGGAAGGCGUAUGACUGCCGAGGAGGAGGAGUGCUGACGGGGAGCAAUGCAGCCAGGGCUGUCUGCACACUCUCCACAAUGGCAGACAAAUUAUUUGAAGACGCUGCCGUGAAACUGAAUCUAAACGCUCUGGUAGGAUUCCUUAAUCAGUUGCGGAAAGCAUCACAGGCCCAGCUAUUUGACUCCGCCACAGAGACUGUGGACUACUCACUAGCUAUGCCAGGAGAGGCCAGGUCCACCCUUGAGCGACGCAGUGCACUGCACCUCUUCCGACUCGGUGACGUGAUGCUGCGGAUCGUGCGAAGCAGGUCGCGGCCCCUCUUGCAUCUCAUGAAGACCUGGAGUGUGGUUGGCCCUCAUUUGGCAGAGGCUGCCUGCCAUAAGGAGCGCCACGUGUCCCAGAAGGCUGUCUCCUUCAUCCAUGACAUCCUGACGGAAGUUCUCAUAGACUGGAAUGAAUUGCCCCAUUUCCAUUUCAACGAGGCUCUGUUCCGGCCGUUUGAGCACAUCAUGCAGUUGGAACUGUGUGACGAAGAUGUGCAGGAUCAGGUGAUCACGUCGAUCGGAGAGUUGGUGGAGGUCUGUUCCCCACAGAUCCAGUCAGGCUGGCGGCCGCUCUUCAGUGCGUUGAAGACCGUGCACAGCAACAAGCCGGACGUGAAGGAGUAUCUGAUUGGUGAUUAUUCCAUGGGGAAGUCCCAGGCUCCAGUCUUCGACGUUUUUGAAGCAUUCCUCAAUACAGAUAACAUUCAAGUCUUUGCUAAUGCCGCCACCGACUACAUAAUGUGCCUUAUGAAGUUUGUUAAGGGUUUAGGUGGUGAUGAUUGUAAAGAGAUCGGGAAUAGCUUCACAGGACCAGGAUCCACUUCCUCUGAUUUGUGCCUUCCCGCCCUGGAUUACCUCAGGAAGUGUUCACAGUUGCUUGCCAAGAUCUACAAGAUGCCUUCGAAACCCAUUUUCCACGGGGCUCAGUUCAUCAGCUUGCCCUUCAAAGGUCUGGAGCGGUCAAUGAGCAGCGAGGAUGGGAUCGAGGGUGCCCUCAACGAGUUUGAUGACGACACAGGAUUGAUUCAAGUCUGGAUCCUGCUGCUGGAACAGCUCACCACUACAAUCUCCAAUUGCCCCCGGCAACAUCAGGCCCCAACCUUGGACCUCCUGUUCGAGUUGCUGCGAGAGAUCACCAAAGUACCAGGAUCUGGAUUUGGGAUUUUUGCUGUAACCCAUCUCCUCCUCCCAGUCAUGUCUUUGUGGCUUCAGCGUAACCAUGGUGAUCAGUCCUAUUGGGAGAUGGCAGCUGCCAAUUUCAAGCAUGCGAUUGGUCUGUCCUCAGAACUGGUGAUGGAGCAUAUUCACAGCUUCAUCCAAUCAGACAUUGGCUACGAAAACAGCAUUAACAUGAUGUUGAAAGACCUGCUCAAGCUGCUCGUGUCCUGUGUUGCAGAACCCACUGAAACCAUCUCCCGGGUGGGCUGCUCCUGCAUCAGGUACGUCCUGGUUACAGCUGGACCCGUAUUCACUGAUGAAAUGUGGAGGCUGGCCUGCUGUGCCCUUCAAGAUGCCUUCACGGUCACGCUGGAGCCGGUGAAGAACCUGCUGGCUUGUUUCCAGAGUGGCUCAGAGAGCUUCAGUGGAGACGCUUGUGAAGUGAAGGUAGCAGCACCCUCACAUUCUGCCAGCGCAGAGGCAGAAUACUGGAGAAUCCGGGCCAUGGCACAACAGGUUUUUCUGCUGGAUACUCAAUGUUCUGCCAAGACUCCCAACAACAGGGAGGGUUUUGAGCAUGCCCAGUCCUGUGUGCUGAUCAUCGAGCUCCCACCGGAUGAGAAACCCAAUGGUCACACUCAGAGAAGGAAAAUAGGAAUCCCAUUCCGCACCAUAGUGGUCAGUUUGUUAUCCCACCAGGUGCUGCUCCAGAACCUGUACGACGUGCUGCUGGAAGAGUUUGUCAAAGGUCCCACGCCCAGUGAUGCUCCGGACCGGACCGUGGCCUUUGGAGAGGUCAGGCCGGCCGGCUUCUUGAGGUACAUCUCCAUGCAGAACCUGGCCGUCAUCUUCGACCUGCUGCUCGACUCCUACAGGACGGCCCGCGAGUUUGACACCCGGCCCGGCCUGAAGUACCUGCUGAUGAAGGUGUCGGGGGUGGGCGGGGCGGCCAACCUCUACCGCCAGUCGGCCAUGAGCUUCGGCAUCUAUUUCCAGGCCCUGAUCUGCGCCAUCCUGACCAACCAGGAGCACAUCACGGCCGAGCAGGUCAAGCGGAUCCUGUACGAGGCGGAGGAGGAGGAUGACGAGGAGCCAAGCUCGGACUCGUCGCGGCCGUGCUCCUCGGAGGACGAGGACAUCUUCGAGGAGACGGCGCAGGUCAGCCCGCCCAGGGGGAAGGAGAAGCGGCGGUGGAGGGCCCGGAUCGCGUCCGUCAGCAUCCAGCCGGGCAGCAACGCCGACUGGGCCUGGCUGGUGCGGCGGCUGCACAAGCUGUGCCUGGAGGUGUGCAACAACUACAUCCAGCUACACCUCGACCUGCAGAGCUGCAGCGGCAGCAGCACCGACGAGCCGCCGGCCACCCGCGGUGACCCGCUCUUCUUCCUCCCCUCCUGCCCAUCCGAAGGCUCCAGCAGCCCGUCGGCAUCGGGCAAGGAGACGACGACGACGCCGCUGUCGGAGGAGGGCGGGCGGCCGCGGGCCGGGCACCCACCGCUGGUCGGAACAGAGGUGGAGGCAGAGCCGGCGGCGUUGCCUGGCAACCCGGGCAGCCCUGGGCCCGAGGAGGAGAAGGCCGAGCUAGGCCGCAGGAAGGAGUGGUGGGAGAGCGCAGGCAGCAGGAUCUACACCAUCGCCACUGACCGCACCAUCGGCAAGCUGGUGCUGGAGUACAAGAGGAGGAAGCAGCAGCAGAACCCAGGCAAGGGGGAGUCGGUGGCAGCAUCUUCAGCGAACGGCAGGGGUCCCGACUCGCCACUGCAGCGGCCCCAGCAACUGCUCGACCAGGGCCGCAUGAGGCACUCGUUCAGCGCUGGCGCCGAGCUGCUCCGACAGGAGAGGAGACCUCGCUCCGGCUCCACCGCCAGCUGCCAGAAUGUCUCCAUGCGGGAUACCGAGGGCCAGAUGCAGGCAUGGACCAAUAUGAUACUGACUAUCCUCAACCAAAUCCAGCUACUCCCAGAUCAAACCUUCACAGCACUGCAGCCUUCAGUGUAUCCGAGUAUCAGCCAGCUCACUUGUCACGUAACCGACAUCCGCGUUCGUCAGGCUGUCCGGGAAUGGCUGGGAAGAGUGGGAAGAGUCUACGACAUCAUCAUGUAAUAUCCACCCACAAUGGGGAAGGAAGGGAAACUGUCUUCAUGAAGCACAAUGGUUCAGUUUCUGCGUGACCUGCUUUAUCAAUCCUGACAGAGACAUUGCCUCACGAUCAGAACACAUUACUCUCCAUUUAUUAUCGCUGGCCAUUGGCUUACUCCCUGUGAGAGUCACUUCAACCAAGAUGCCAACGGAAUUGUACCAAGGAAUAUGCUCUGCAGCGUUGGUGAACACAUAUCAGUUUUUGAGAAGAGGUGGGAGCAUUACAUAUUCAAUAGUUCAAUCUGCAAGAUGUGGCUAUACCACCUCGCCACUUGGUAGGGUGGAAUGUAGGUUGGAGGAGUGGCGAUCGUGGCUCAGAACAGACACUGUUUGGUUCAAAUGGCUCACCCACAUGAGUCAAAUCAAAGCUUCAGUCACACGUCCAGUUGGAUGUCCCACCCAUCGGGGCAAUUGUGAAUAUCUUUUACCUGGACACGUAAGCUGAAGCAGAUGGAGGAGGUGGAAGGUCUCCCUACACAUUCUUUUCAUCAAAGUUGAUGCAUGACCGUACUCUUUUUGAAAUGCAAAGUACUUUUUCAGAACAAUUCCAACAUUUUGGGCUCAGUUGCUCAGGGCUGCCUGCUCCAAGUAUUGGUAACUAUGUGUAAAGAGCACUGGGUAACAUCUUCCCUACUUUGAGAUUGCAUCCCAUCUGUAACUUCCCCUCGUUCCUUUAUUCCUCACUUUGUGCCCUGGAUUUCCAUUGGACUGGUCUAUCAGAUAGUACUGCUACCUUUAUUGUUUGUUUUAAUAUAAACUGAAAUCUUUGGGUAAAUGUUUCUGCUGCAUGAGUAACUUUCUCUAUAUGGAAGUUAGUAAGAACCUGGCAGUGCAAUUUUACAAUUAUGCCGGUGUGCAGUUUUCACUUAUUCGAUAGUUUCAGAUUUUGCAAAUGGAUGUUCUGGUAAUUCAACAUUAGGUGUAGUUCUGUUGCUUUUUUCCACAUCACGAAGUGAGCCUCUUGAAAUAUGUUCAACUUUCAGGGGAUAGGAACAAAUGUUUCACUUUUGGAAACAUUGGACAAAAGUUUUUAUUUCAUCCCCAGU